AUGUCGCGUGCCUCUUCACCACCAUCUCCGUUGGACGACGAAAAGCCCGGAGCUCUACAUGAGUUCCAACUGGAGAAUGAAGGUCCCAACCCGACUACAGACUCCGGUCGCUUGCACGCCCUGGAACAACUAGAAAUUCUCCCUCAAAUCCUUAACGAGGGUAUCUUAUUUGCCGGCUCCGGAGCCGCACUACUCCUCCAAGCAGCCAUGCCAGCAAUCCGCGAAGAAGAAAUCAAAGAAAGUUCCAAAGACCUUGCAACAGAACUUCUCGACGCUCUUCAAGCCCACCUAAGCUACAUUUCAAUCUUAGUGUUCGGCACAAACGCAGAGCGCAAGACCCUGCUGAACCUACUUCAACGAGGUGAAGCACCCGGUCUAGGCGGCGGACAUAACAACCGUUUCGCCCACCACCCAUCCCUGCAACGCUGGAUGGCUGCAACACUCUAUGCAACCGCAACAGACUUCUAUCAGCGCGUGUAUGGUCGCGUUGACUACGACACUGCUCAGCGCGGAUAUGCCGAGUUUACUAUGCUGAUGAACUGUCUCGGUAUGCCUGCGGGUACUUGGCCGGAGUCUCGACAGGCUUUUUGGUCUUUCUGGGAUGACCAGGUUGGACGGUUGACUGUUUCAGAUGAUGCUGCCAAGUUUGCGAAGGAGUUGCAUGAGAGUAAGGAUAUGCCUAAGUGGGUGCAGCGCAUUAAGCCUUUCUUGCGGGUGGUUACUAUUGAGAUGUUGCCGCCGAAGUUGCGGGAUGCAUAUGGGUUGAAAUCUACUGCUGGAACGAGAUUGCUCUACCGUACUUGGAUGGGAUUCUCGGUGGCUGUUUACCCUGCUAUGCCUAAUAAGAUGCGGGCUUAUCCGCUGCGAUACUACCAGGAUCGUCUGCGUGAGAAGUUGAACGUGGUCUAG